AUGCUGGGAGGCCUGGGGAAGCUUGCUGCCGAGGGCUUGGCCCACCGCACGGAGAAGGCCACGGAGGAGGCCGUUCAUGCCGUGGAGGGGGUGGUGAAGGAGGUAGUGGAGCACGCCAAGGAGGCUGGAGAGAAAGCCAUUGCCGAAGCCUUCAAGAAGGCCCAGGAGACAGGGGACAAAGUGGUAAAGGAAGUUACGGAGACUGUGACCCACACAGUCACAAAUGCUGUCACCCAUGCAGCAGAAGGCCUGGGUAAACUGGGACAGUGA